AUGCUGGGGAACGACUGGAAGUAUUCCAUCAACUCGAGAACAUUUGAUGAUCUGGAGGAGGAAGAGUUUAAGAACUACAAGUUCAAAACUGUACUAAGUUAUAUCUUUGAAAUUGGUGUAAUGAAUGGUCUGAAGGUUGCAUUCUUUGUAUCGGAUAUCUACACCUGUGUUAAGCUUUUGGCGUAUAAUAGCUGGUCUAAUAAUGUCAUCAAGCCAUAUAUUUCAUUCAAGGUGACCAAGUGGUUAUUUACAGCCUGUAUUUUUGCAUCAAUUGUUAUCCUUCUCAUAGAGGCAGCUAUUGGUUUUAGGAUUUAUCGUACCAGAAAUAUUUCUUUGACUUAUGUGAACAACUUUUCUAGAAACACAUACUCAAUUAAAUCAUAUUCGAAAUUCUGCGUUUACAAUAAGAUAACACCAAAAGGGUUUUUUCAAAAAGUUUCUUUCUUCACAUUUUUUGAGCUCAGAAAUUGUAUAAGGCUCCUUUUUACCGACACUCCAAGACAGGUAUUCAACGCGUUGACCCUAUGGUCUGUACUUGUCACAGUUAAUAACGGUGCCGACUUGGGAAGACUGGAAACAUUUCAUGGAUUAAUCAAUAAAAUCAAAACUAUCGCUGAUACAAAUCAUGCAGAAGCGGUGAUAUUAUCAUUCAUGCUGUUCUCUUUUGUAUUAUGGGCAUUCUUUAUGUUUAAGUUUUGCUUAGCCUUAUUGUCUUCCAUUUUUGUUUACUAUAACCUAAUUAGAAGACACAGAUACGGUAGUCUAAAAGCAUUCGUUUGCAUAACAAUCGACAAGAAAGUCGACGAGAUGGUUAAACAGCAUAAGAGUAAGUCUGCAUUCCAGAGUAUCACUAAAACAACAUUAUUACAAUCGAACUCGAUGCUGGAUAUCAAGCAAGAUUUAGAGAAAAAUACAGCAGAAACAACUUACGAGAUAUACAAGAAACCCAAUUAUGAUUCUGUAAGAUCUAACUUACAUCUAGUGAAUAGCAGUAUAGAAGACGGGUCUACUUCCGAAGAAUAUGAAUUGAUGUAUGAGGAACCAAUGGUGAGGAACUCUGUUAUUGACGGCAAUGACUUAUUGUUGGAUUCUAAGUUUAACGCUAAGCGUGACUUCAACCAAUAUUAUCAAAAUGCUGCACGUAACCAGAGUAAUUCCCAAGAUGUAAUCAAGGAAGAGUACGAGCCCAACUUUGACGUUAUGGAUUAUGCAUAUAGUAAUGGAAGUAACGAAUGUCAUGAUGAUGAUACGGUUUGGAAAGAUUCCGUACGUAGUGGAAUCAGUGAUAAUAUAAAUUACGGCCAUUCGUCUUCACGUGAACUCGAUGACGUUACCCAAUCUGUAUACCCCCCACAAACUAUCGAGAUCUCAAGACAGAUGCCAAUUAAUAUGUCUACACAUACCUUAGAACAUGUCAGUUCUUCUGUUACAUUAGAUCAGCAGCCCAGAAGAUCUAGAAUACCACCACCACCAAUCAAGACAGCAUUCAUUGACCAAGAUAUUCAACAACUACAUGUAUACACACCGGAUCAAGCAUAUUUUAAUGAGUUCACAAGAAACCAACACAAAUUCUAA